AUGACUGGUGUCCAGGAUAACUUUCUUAACAGUGUACCCAAUCCUCAAGAAGACGCUUCGUCACAAGAAUUUGACGAUAUGGUGGAUGUUUUCGGUCGUCACAUACCCAGAAACCGAGCGGUUUGGCGAGCCACUGGACCAUUCAGAAACUACAAUGUUUUGACUGCGGAGGAAGUUCCAUUGCCAACGGAUAAGGCAAAGAUUGUUAAACUUCCAGUAGAGUUGGCCGUUUCGGUUAUGGAUUUGCAUUGUCGUGCUCUUCAAGGAAGUGAGGAAGAAAUUUUGAAGAAACUUUUCUCCAAACCUAAAAUUUAUGUGUACGGCACCGGUUACGAGGUUGCUGCAGACGUAUGGGCAGUGUUUUGUGAUCCUAAAUACAUCCAUGAGGUCACCACAUCCGACCUUCAGUCUGUAAUUUGUGCUGCUCUGAAUUCUCGUCGUACACUCGCUUAUGUCAUCGGUGUGAACAAAAAUAGAGAGGUAAUUGGAUGCAUUUUGUCUCCACAGCAGAAAGAAACGAUAAUGGAGGUGUUCGAUGAUUGCAUUCAUACCGAAUUCGUUCCUCCUUUGGAUGAGGGACUCGUAAAGCUUCGUUUCCGUUCUGUAUGCGACCAGUUCGCACGUGAGAUACCAUCACGUUUCCUGGUUGAAAUUACCAUCAAAAUUAGGGUCACCGAUCUUUAUCAACUGUCAUCUUCAAGAAUUUACUAUGUUGAUAACAAUGCUGUAAGGCUGAUAAGAAGCCUCACAGAGGCUCGGAACAUGUUGUUGUAUCGUCGUCAGAAGGAGUUCGCUGCAGCUACAGAGAAUGGUGGUCGGCUUAUUCGCGUGCCAUGUCUCAGAGUACCGGAAGAGAAGAGCUACUUCUCCAAGCUCUUCACCUCUGCUGUCAUUUGUCUUUCUGCCUUCAUCCUCGGUGUGAUCGUGUCCAUCUAUUGGCUACGCGUGCCAUGUCUCAGAGUACCGGAAGAGAGGAGCUACUUCUUCAAGCUUGGAGGAGGGAUGUCAGAACGACGUAUUGACGUGAAUCGCAGCAACUACUCAGUUAUUGACAAUGAGUUUGGCAAUAUGAGAGAUCGAUUUGAAGCAGAGAUGCGACGUGUAGAGGAUGAAAUGAAGCGCCUUCGCCAAGAAUUCGAAGGCUAUAGGCCGGGGGCACCUCCACCAGCUAUAUCCAAUCAAGCGUAUAAUAUGUCACAUUCUUCGCAGCACGAUUCGCGUCGACAGGAUUUCGGAGCGCCACCGUCGUCUUUUGGCCACUCUGAUUUGAUGACACGCCCCACAUACGACCCCUAUUUGGACAAUCUCAAGAGUCCUUUAAUUAAGGAUGAAAGUGAUGGAAAAACCCUUAGGCUAAGAUUCGAUGUUGCUCAGUACAAGCCUGAGGAGGUGACGGUGAAAACAAUCGACAAUCGACUCCUUGUUCACGCCAAACACGAGGAAAAGACGCCACAGCGUACUGUUUUUAGAGAAUACAAUCAGGAAUUCCUUCUUCCUCGUGGAACGAAUCCAGAGCAGAUUUCUUCGACUCUUUCUACUGAUGGUGUUCUUACUGUUGAGGCUCCUCUACCACAUUUAGCUAUUCAGCAAUAAAUUAGCUGCGCCUGACCGAGAAUCCUUGAGAAGAUCAUCGAAUUGAAAACUUGACCAGUUUUUGAAGCUUGGUAUCUUCCGUUAGAUCGAUGCUUGCUAUAGAGAUACAUCUGUUUGUCAUAAGAAUUCAUUGUAUAAUAUACCGCUAACUUUGUCAGUGAAUAUGGCAGGACGCCGCAAUACACUCAACUAGUUUGCGUGUGCUUGUUUACAUCAUUGCAUAAAUGAAUACUUAUUUGAUACCGUAAGUACUCUUUUUUGUGUAAGAUUUUCCGUGAGGUAUGAACGGAAUUAACUAGCUAUUAUUCAUGACUCUGUCCACAUUAGUAAUAUGCCCAGCAAUUGAUAACUUCACG